AUGGAGGCCGCGCCGGUGCCCGACGGGCAGUACACGGCCGUCGUCUACGGGCUGAUCGGCGGCGGGCGGUGCGGGGAGGCGGUGUCGCUGCUGAGCCGCGAGCUGCAGAAGAGCUGCCGCUCCCGGGGCGGCCUCUCCCUGCUGGGCUACUGCCACUACCAGCUGCAGGACUUCGCGGCGGCGGCCGAGUGCUACGAGCAGCUGGUGGCGCUGCACCCCGAGCUGGACGCGUACCGGCUCUACCAGGCGCAGGCCCUCUACAAGGCCGGGCUCUACGCCGAGGCCCUGCGGGCCGCCAGCCCGCUGCUGGACCUCCCCGCCUACCAGGGCCGGGCCCUGCGCCUCCAGGCGGCCAUCCGCUAUGCCCAGGGCGACCUGCCGGCGGCCAAGAGCCUGGUGGAGGAGGCGCUGGCCGCCGCUGCGGACGGCGGCCCCGGAGCAGCCGAGGACCCCUCGGAGCGGGCUGACGCCGAGAUCAACCUGGGCUGCCUGCUGUACCGGCAGGGGCGACACGAAGAGGCCAGCGGCAAGUUUGCCGGCGCCAUGCAAGUGUUGGGUUACUGCCCUGAGCUGUCCUACAACAUGGCGCUGUGCUGCUACGCGGCCAAGCAAUAUGCCCCUGCCCUCAAACACAUCUCCGAUAUCAUAGAGCGCGGCAUCCACCAGCACCCAGAGCUCAGCGUGGGCAUGACCACUGAGGGCAUUGAUGUCCGCAGUGUAGGCAACACUCUGCUCCUGCACCGCACGGCCCUGGUGGAGGCCUUCAACCUCAAGGCAGCCAUCGAGUACCAACUGCGCAACCUGAAAGCGGCCCAGGAGGCGCUCACAGAUAUGCCGCCGAGGGCUGAGGAGGAGUUGGAUCCAGUCACGCUGCACAACCAAGCGCUAAUGAACAUGGACAGCCAGCCCACUGAAGGGUUUGAGAAGCUGCAGUUUCUUCUGCUGCAGAACCCCUGUCCGCCAGAAACUUUUGGAAACUUGCUACUCCUCUAUUGCAAGCAUCAGUACUACGACCUGGCAGCCGAUGUGCUGGCAGAGAACGCCCAUCUGACCUACAAACUGCUCACACCUUACUUGUACAACUUCUUGGAUGCCAUUAUUACUUGUCAAACUGCCCCUGAGGAGGCUUUCCACAAGCUGGAUGAUUCAGCAGGGACACUGACUGAGCAGCUAAGAAAACUCACGAAGCAGGUGCAGGAAGCUAGGCAAAACUGGGACGAUGAAGCUGUAAAAAAGGCAGUUAAUGAGUAUGAUGAGACUCUGGAUAAAUAUGUACCUGUCUUGAUGGCCCAGGCAAAGAUCUACUGGGACAUGAAGAACUACACAAUGGUAGAAAAGAUUUUCCGCAAAUCAGUGGAGUUCUGUAACGAACACGAGGUGUGGAAGCUCAAUGUGGCUCACGUGCUCUUCAUGCAGGAGAACAAGUAUAAAGAGGCUAUUAGCUUCUAUGAGCCAAUAGUUAAAAAACACUAUGACAACAUUCUCCACGUGAGUGCCAUUGUGUUAGCUAACCUCUGCGUUUCCUACAUCCUGACAAGCCAGAACGAAGACGCGGAGGAACUGAUGAGGAAGAUCGAGAAGGGGGAAGAGCAGCUGUCCUAUGAUAAUCCCGAUAAAAAUAUCUACCAUCUUUGCAUUGUCAAUCUAGUCAUUGGUACACUCUACUGUGUGAAGGGAAACUAUGACUUUGGUAUUUCAAGGGUCAUUAAAAGCCUGGAGCCAUAUAACAAAAAGCUGAGCACUGACACAUGGUAUUACGCCAAACGGUGUUUCCUGUCCUUGCUGGAGAACAUGUCCAAGCACAUGAUCAUGCUACGUGACAGCGUUAUUCAAGAGUGCGUUCAGUUUCUGAAGCAGUGCGAGCUGUAUGGAAGAAACAUUCCAGCUGUCAUUGAGCAACCCCUUGAAGAGAAGAGGAUGCACAGUGGGAAGAAUACAGUUACCUACGAAGCCAGGCUUUUGAGGGCGCUGAUGUACAAGAUCAUUGGGUGGACUGCAUAAAUGGUGUUCCUGUACAGUAGAAAUGAGAACUUUGUGUCUGUUCUUUUCUUAUGCUUGUGAGGUGAUGCUCAGCCUGGUAGUCCAUAGUGGUACGGGUUUUUCUUGAUUGCUUAUCUUUAAAGAUUUUGUCCUGCAUUUUAACAACAUUCAGUGGAAAAUAGAAUAUUUGCAUUAAAUUAACCUGCACCAAAUAACUCGGGGCAUUCUCGGUACUAUCUGUCAUGUUAAAUACAGCUUAAGAUGUGUUGACCGAGAACUUCAUUACAGAAAUAUCAUAGAGUUUUCAGCUAUAAAAUAUUUUAUCCUUCUGAAAUUUUGACCAAGUUUCUUUUCAUUGGUUGACAGUUGAGAAUAAUUUGUUAUCCAUCUCUUCUAGCACAGAAAUUGAAGAAACAGAGUUGUUUUAAUUCUCUAAUUUGUGCCUGUAUGUGGAAUGUUUCUUUCUUCUGCUUUUUCCAAGGUAUUUUUAAUAUGUUACAGACCAUGCUGAUAGUAUAUUCAAACACAAAAAAAUGGCUUUAUAAUAAAAGAUCAGUCCUACAAACAUUAACAUUGCCUUUUGCUAACUCAGUAAUAAUACACAAGUAUUCUGGCAAAUAGCGUACCUAAUACAGGGACCAGGAAUGUAUUCCAAGAAGGAUAUAUUAGGACGGUACCUCACUUUAGGUCUACCCUUGCAGUAAAGUUCAUUAUGACUAGACAUAACUGGCCUCAGAGACACUGCUCAGUGCUGCCCCUCGGCUUCUGCGACCCCCGGAGUCCCCGU